AUGACUACUCCUUUUCGGGAUCCUCAAUUUUCGGAUGGCGGAGAUGAAUACCAUCACGGCCUCGUCGUUCAGCGAAUUCGGGAUUUGUGGGGUAAAGACUUGGACCCGGGGGAACAUUUGCUUUACACAAUCAUCAUACGGCGCAUCAGUGACGGAAAUGAUUUGACUUUUCUGGUAUCCCACAGAGUUUGGUGCAUGGUUGGCAGUCUUCCAAAACUCGGCAUUGGUCGGGCAAAUGUCCAGAGUGAGACUACUAUCCUCAAGCUCUUGAAUCCUUAUCCAAUGAUAAUUUUUAUAUGGAUUUUUCAGCAUAGAGACCCUGAAAUGGGUCUCCCCAUCCAUUUGGCAAAAGACGACCUGGAUGAAGUUGAGCAUAUUGUUUAUUGCUGUGGACAGCAAAUGAGUAUGAUGCCGUAUUUGUCUGUUUAUUAUCAACAGCAAAUAUUUAAGCAAGGAGAUCAAAAUAUCUGGCGGCUUGGAAAUGCGAGUAUGGCGGCAUUCUGGAAAGGAGACCACGAGGCGUUCGAAAAGGCUACAAUGCUAUACAUCCGGAGACUCAGUAUCCGUGAAUGGCAACUGGACGAGAAGCAUAACGAACUGUUGCCUGAGUUGAUCCGAACUCCAUAG